AUGUCGAGAUCCUGGCGGUCUGGCUCCUCGUCCUCUUUCGCCUCCUCGGCGCUGAGCGCCCCGCCCUCCCAUCCCCCGCAGCAUGCCAGCCCGGUCGACUCGACCUUCACACCCACCUCCGCCGCCAUUUCCGCCCUGACGGCCGACCCCGACCUCGCAGCGAUCUCUCUUCUGACACCCCGGCUGUCUAGAAAGCUAUUCGACCGGACGCCGAACGAGAUGACCGUGUACCUCGGCCCUUGGGAGAUUGUAGGUGCCAACCCACGCCGCCUGCUGUGGCAAUGCAGUUAUGCGGGCGAGGUACUGGAACAUUUCCUCCCGUCUGACAAUCCCAACGAACUCUUCCCCCACACGCUGCAUGCCCAGCACCGCCGGUUCGGCGACCCGCGGGAAAUGGAGCUCUACCUCUCCUUCCAAGAGCCACACCGCAUUCGGUACACCACCACCGACGGCAUAGUGCACGACGAGUACAUCGAAGUCAAGUACGAGUUCACGACCAUCGAGGGGUCCAUUCAGCUGCAGAGCGACAUCAGGAGGAGAGAUCUGAUCGAUUGGUUCGACGCUGACGUCGUCUGGUCUGACACCGACCGCAGGACAGACUCGUACGGCAGCGUGAGGGGUCUGGGCACGAUCCAGAGGAUAAAAUUGUGGCGGGAUCGGUAUUCGACAUUCCAUUAUCUUACAUUCUAUGCUAACCACCGUCGACGCUGGAAAGAGUACCUCCUCGACGACUUUGACACGGAUUUUCGCCAGCGGGACGACCGACAUAAGCGGGUUCAGUUAGGGGCCCGCGGCGCCAGGAGAGGCAGUGCAUCCGAGAGCAACCAAGGGCGCGGCCAGAGCCGCCGUCCAUCGAUAUUUUCCCGAUCUUCCAGACACAACAACCCCCCAGCCACCAAUGGCAACACAGCUUCGUCAUCCGCCCAGAGCGCUCUUGACAUACGUUAUCUCGGCAUCCAAUUCUCCCGGAACCCUAACAUCCAAGCCGGGAGCGAUGAUACCCGAUUUGCGCCUGCAUUGCCAGUUUGUUCCCCCAUGACUUUUAAACGGUUCAACGAUCACUGGACCCUCAUCUUGUCCGUCAACGCUGGCUCCUCGUCGGUGAAGCUCUCGGCUUACACCGCCGAGCAGGGACAAUCACCAAUACAGAUCGCAGAGGUUCAGGUGAGCGGCUUGACGGCGCCACCUGCAUCCCUCAAGUAUGAGCGGGGCGGCAAGACCAUUGUCAAGAGCCGCGAGGUGGAUGACCAAGUCAGCGAUCAACGGGAUGCCUUCAGCCUCAUCCUCAAGACGCUUAUUGAAGACGACGACCUGCACGACAUCCAGACCAAGGACGACAUUGGCAUUAUAUGCCAUCGCAUCGUCCACGGCGGCGACUACACGAAGCCGCAGCUGAUAACGAAUGGGACUUACCACCACCUGGAGAACCUCAACGACCUAGCCCCUUUACACAACGCCAACAGUCUGCCCAUCGUGCGGCUAUGCGUCCAGGACUUCCCCUCAGCCCGCAACGUCGCCUGCUUUGACAGCCAAUUCCACUCCACCAUCCCUGAGCACAUCCGCACCUACCCCAUCAACCAGGACAUCGCGCGCCGCGGCCGACUCCGCAAGUACGGAUUCCACGGCAUCAGCUACUCCUUCAUCACGCGCGCAACGGCCGAGUUCCUCGGCAAGGACCCGUCCGAUGUCAACAUCAUCGCACUGCACCUCGGCUCCGGCGCCAGCGCGUGCGCGAUCAAGGGCGGCAAGAGCUGGGAUACCAGCAUGGGGUUAACCCCGCUGGCCGGGCUCCCGGGCGCAACGAGGAGCGGCAGUGUUGACCCCAGCCUCGUCUUCCACUACGCCAGCGACGUCGGUAAGCUCUCGCCCGCCUCCACCAAAGACCUGCACAUCUCGCGCGCCGAAGAAAUCCUCAACAAACAAGCCGGGUGGAAAGCCCUCACGGGAACUACCGACUUUCGCGUCAUCGCCGCCGCCGCCACCACCACCAGCUCCCCCACCCCCAGCCCCAACCCCAACCCCAACCCCAAUCCCGACCCCAAUCCCGACCCCAAUCCCGACCCCCAAAACCAAAACCACCGCCUCGCCUUCGCCCUCCUCGUCGACCGCAUCAGCGCCUUCGUCGGCGCCUACUACGUCUCUCUGCACGGGCGCGUCGACGCGCUCGUCUUUGCGGGCGGCAUCGGUGAGCGGAGUGCUGCGCUGCGGGCGGCGGUCGUGGAGCAGGUGGGGUGUCUUGGUUUUGCGGCGGAUGGGGAUGAAGAUUUUGAUGGGGAUGGGGGGGAGGGGGCUGUUGUGGUGGAUGUUGGGAGGGAGGCGGCGGGGGGCUCCGACUUAGGGGGGAGGCCGCGGCCGAGGGUGUUGGUUUGUCGGACGGAUGAGCAGUUUGAGAUGGCGAGGAUGUGUGCGGAGGAUGCGGAGUUUUGGGGGAGUGGGUAG